AAAAGGGGGUAUCGGUGAACAGAGCUCUUUAGUCCGACCGCACGUCGACUACACGGACGGUUGGAGGAUUGUAGCAUUCCUGCCAUUUUGUAACACUGGUUGUAGAAGAGUGGUCAGGGUUUUUACUUCGCUGAAACCGCCGCUCACAUUUCAACGUCUGGGCAUUUCUAUAUUACGUGGACGUCGAUUUCGCAACAACUAGAUGUAUAGGAAGAGCGGAAGCAAAAAACGGCGAGCUUUGGAUACAACACGACGGUACAGUAUCGGGGACAAAGACAGUUAAAUUCUGCCUAUCAUUUAUUCAUGGCGAGUUUAGCCGAUAGAUUUGUCGUCACCGAUUGUGAAUGAUUCCUCAGUCGGAGUGAACAUUGUGCGCGGGACAAAAGUUCUUGUCAGGUUCGGACGGGACCGCUUUGUGAGUUUGUGACGCGCGAGAAAAGCGAGUCAGAAGAUACAACCGGGUCUGGACGACACAACGCAUCCCAUCUUGUUGACGUUAUAUAUAGAGAGACACUGCCAAUGAUUCACCAUGAAUUUCCACUCGGAUAUCUCUGUUUACCCGCCUCGAUCUCGUGGAGCGUACCGGGGGCAGAGCCCGCGGGGAAACAACAACUACAGCCCGAGCUCCAACAUGGCGCACAUCCGCAUGCAACAGGUCAUCCACUACGACCAGAUCCACAGCACAGACCCGCGAACCAAGGACGGCAACCGUGCACAGUCCAUCGGCGACAACUCCCCUACCCCCCGCCCGAGGUUCACCAGCGUCGAUCGUAACGAGGAAGCCAUACGGUACGAGAACGCAGGAACUGGGGAGGCCAACGAUCGCCAGAUCGUUGUGGUGAACGUAAGCGGGCUUCGCUUCGCAACCCGCGCCCGAGUCUUCAACCGUUUACCCGAAACCCUACUCGGAAACUUGGAGAAGAGAAAGGACCUCUACGACCCGGAGACCAGGGAAAUCUUCUUCGAUCGCCACAGACCAAGCUUUGAGGCCAUCUUUGACUACUACCUCCGUGGAGGGCGACUCAAGUGCCCCUACCAAGUCCCGCUAGACGUGUUCUUAGAGGAAGUCGAGUUUUUCGGACUUAGCGGUCAUCCCGUGGAAGACAACCUCCACCUAUCCACUUGUGCCGAACCUGAGCCAAAACAUCCACUCAAGAAGAAGAUAUGGCACGUCUUGGAGAAACCAGCAGAGUCCAUAGUUGGCCGAGCUGUCGGCGCCUUCAUAGUGGCAGUGGUUCUUCUGUCUACCAUAUCUUUCUGUGUGGAGACCAUUCCAAUGUCUGAUUCCCAACAACCUCGUCGUGAAGUCGUCAACUCAAACACGACAGAAAACGACAGCACCUCAAACAACUCUAAGAACAAGGAGCUGGACUAUUUCAUGAUCGCCUACACACAUUUCGCGUUCUUCUGGAUUGAGACCGUGUGCAUCGCAUUCUUCACCGCUGAGGUCACCGCCCGUUACGUCGUCACUCCAAAAACGACGGAAAAGUUCCUGAAAAACAUCACCAACAUCAUCGACAUCGUCGCCAUCAUUCCAUACUUCCUUACCCUUAUAACAAUCGGACUUGCUAACGGUAUAGCAGCGACGGCGAGCCAACAAGGCCCUGUAUAUGUCUUCCUCCGCAUCUUUCGGUUGUUUCGCGUGGUUCGGGUAUUCAAGCUAUCCCGGCAUUCUAAGGGGCUGAGAAUUCUGGGUAAGACGCUCCGAGCCAGCAUGAACGAGUUUGUCAUCUUGUCGUUCUUCAUGAUCGUUGCCAUGGUGUUCUUUUCAAGCGUCAUGUACGUGACCGAGGCUUCACACCCCAGAACGAACUACACCAGCAUUCCGGACGGCUUCUGGUGGGCUGUGGUUACCAUGACGACCGUUGGGUACGGGGACAACACCCCUCUCACGGUUGGCGGAAAAAUCGUCGGGGCCGUGUGUGCGGUGACGGGACUGUUGGUCAUCGCGCUGCCGGUGCCGGUUAUCGUGUCCAACUUCAACUAUUUCUACCGCACGGAGAGGGGAAUCAUCGGCCCCAACAAGCAACGCGCUACGGGCGCCAAAAACGGAGACACUACGAGAAAAAAGAGGAAGUGUUGCAUCAGUUGCCACACUUAAAGUCAAGAUAACUAAUCUCCCAAAAGCGGAUCUUACGAUGGCAUAAGAUAGUAUGGAGUGUGGUCAGCCAAGAGGUGUACAUUUGCCAUGCAGCCAAACACACUCCUAGGCAAGCGUCACUCCUUUGGCAGGUCUUGAUACUAUCUUAUGCUACCGUAGGAUCUGCUUGGAGAUUUAAGAUGACUGGCGUGAGCGGUGCAUACUUGACGAAAGUAAAACGACAGUUUUCAACGACUAUGAUCAGUUGUUGCUGUUGACCUUGUAUUGCCAUAUGGAGCUUAGGUCAACAAGUUAUUGCUGUUUCUGUAGAAGCUUGGUAGCAAGAUAUAUAUAUUUUACAGGGAGGAGGUUGCCAGUCCUUCCCAUUUCAUUUUAACGUCCUUUUUUGAGGCACGUACCUCAACACAGAGCUCCUAUUCUACGUCCCCUCCGAAAAACAGGUGCAGCACCUAACCGAGAUGCCAUUCAAGGAUUUGAACCAGGGUCUCCCUGAGUUAGGAACUACAUGUCAUUCAAAAAUGAGGCUGCUACCAGUUGAGCUACAGGGACAUCCGAAUAUGCUCGGCACGUUGCUUUGAUUUUACUUUGAUUUUUACGUCAAACCGCUGGAAAAGUACUAAAUGGACUGAACAGAUCAUGUUGUGAGGGAAAAGGACGAGAAGUGAAAGAUCAUGGUACCAAAUGCUUGCUGUGCCCGAUUUUCAGAGAUUGAAGUUUACAUUUUCAUCAACCAUAUGUUUACAACGAAUUCUACUAUAUAUAUGUUACAUUUGGCCAGUGUGUACAAACGUGGAAACAUGUCAAACAUGUGAUAUUAUCUUUUUUAAACGAAACUUGUUUAUUGCUGUUUUACUGUUGGUUUUAUGAAAAAUAAACUUGCGAAUAAA